AUGACAGGAUUUUCACAACCAUUUUUUGAUUGGAAUAAUAGUAAGCUGGAUUUUUUAGCAAAAUUUAAAUUAUAUUUGCAAAACCAAGGUGUAGAUCCAACAGAUAAUUUCGAUGACGAGAUCAUUACAAAAACAAAUUGGGAAUUAAUCAAUCUAACUGAUGGUAUUGGACAAGCUAAUUUAAUAGCUGUAAAUGGAUAUACAGCCAUCCAGAUAGGUACUGAUGGAUUAAAUGAGGCUCUUGGACAACCUGGAACUGCAAUAGUCAAGUUAAGAGCUGUAGAAGGACCUUGGGAUGAAGAUUGGCAUGUAGCAGAAGAUCGCCCUACUAAUACUGUUGUUAAUUUAUCAAAUGCUAAAGAAAAGCUUCAGGAUUUGCAAUAUGGAACAAUUAGAAAAGGGAGCAUGACUAUAGAUAAAUUAUAUAGAAAAUUGUUACGAAUAGAUAGACGAGCCAACUAUAGGCCUAAAGAAUUACGUAAAAAGUUUAUAGAUGCUCUUCCACUUCCAUGGCUUGAAAAAGCUGAAGAUAUUGGUGAACAUUUACCAUUAGAUGAAUUAGCUAAAAAGCCUUAUGAGAUUGAAUUAUGCUGA